UUAUUUUCUAUAUACACAAAUAAUUUAUAUGACUAUGUAUUCACCGUUGUCGCCUCAAGCUAGCCUUAGUUCAGAAUUAAGACAAAUUAUAAAUGAAAGAAAUAUGUUGAGCAUGCGGAGCCGUAUGAAGGUUCUACACGCUUUAAAUGAAGAUAAUGAGAAAUGUACAGAGGAAAAGGAAAAAAUUUUGAGAUCACAAGCCAUUCGAGAAAUACUCACUACAGAAGUUACUUAUUUACAACAAUUGGAAAUCUUAGCAGAAUUCUUUAUACAGCCUAUUCUCGAGAGAAAAUUGUUAGACCAUCCAUUACUUGUCACCCUAGCUGAAAACAUAAAGACAUUAUAUAAUGUAAGUGGUGAACUGGUGGCAGGAUUAAAACGUAAUCCUGAUAACAUAGCUGGAGUAUUUCACAAACUUGCACCAUUCUUUAAAUUGUAUUCUGUUUAUGCUUAUGAUUAUACACAAGUACUAAAUUUACUACAGACAAGUGAAGAGAAUGAUUCGAUCUUUAAAAAAUUUAUUUGUGAUCAAGAAACAAGACCAGAAGUAGGCAGGAAAUUGUCUUCAUUGUUAAUUACACCAGUGCAAAGAGUACCAAGAUAUCAAUUACUUGUUAAACAAGUGUUGCAACAUACUCCUUAUAGACAUAGAGAAUAUAGACAUUUACAGGCAUGUCUGGUUGAAAUUGAAAAAUCUGCGAAACAUAUAAAUACUUUAAUCGCACAAAAUGAAGAAACACAAAAAUUAUUAAAUCUUCAGAAGUGCAUUGUUACUUCUAUUAACCUUGUCAAGCCUGGUAGAAUAUUAAUAAAACAAGGACCAUUGAUGCGUGUUUCAAGACGAGGCAAUUCAGCUUAUAGGCGAUACUUUGUUCUUUUAAAUGACACUCUGUUGUAUUGUAAAGGUGAACCAGAGACAUCACUGAACGUAUCUUGCGUUCUACCAUUAAACAAGUGCAGUUUAACCUGCGUUCUGAGCAAAAAAUUGUUCCGUAUAACGUGCUUGCAUGAAACAUUCUUAUUGUACUCAGAAAAUGCAGAUAGUGCCGAAUGGAUACAAUCGAUACAAAGUGCUAUUAAAAAAUAUACGGAAUGUAGACAAACUUUGAGAAAAGAAAGUAGCUCAAGAAAGCCACUUAGACAUAAAAAUAUUAACGAGUUUUCAUCAGAUAGUAUAUCAAAGAAAUCUAUUAAAAGAAAAAGAUGUAUGAAAGAUGAACAGGUAUCGUUGGACACCUCCAACAUAAUAUACUUUAAAAAGGAUAAUGAAAUGGAUGAAGAGACUCAAAGCAAUAAUAUUUGUUUACCUCUUUCUACCAAGAGAUUUAAACAAAAUGAGUAUUCCAAACCUAGUUGUACUUCUCCCCAAGUAAAAAAUACAAAACUAAAAUUAUGUAAAAAUAAAAAUACCCGAUCUAUAUCUACUCAUAGAUGUUUAAAAAAAUCAAGUCAUAGCAAUUAUGAGACUCUUCCAAUAACAACAACGAUACAUGGAACAAGUUCGUGCUCGAUCACAUCGAACGACGAAGAACACAUAUCGCCUUUUCAAAUAAUGAGUGAUUUUUUCACAUUUAUCGGUACAACAAUAAAAGACUUUUUCACAUUCAUAACAAUGGAAGGCCCAUUAGAAAUAAAAAAUUCCAGUGCAGGUGUGGAGGAGCCUAUAAAAUCUGAAGUUCUCGUACAAAAUUCUGAGAAUAACGAGCGAAGCGAUGCAGCUUCUCCACCUCCAAAUUGUAGCAUUUGCUUGGGAAAGUUAGUUAAUACAUCUUUCACAGACAGUUGCCUACAUCAAUUUUGUUUUACUUGCUUACUUCAAUGGUCCAAAAUUAAGACGGAAUGUCCUUUAUGCAAGCAAACAUUUAAAUCAAUUAUACACAAUGUAAGAUCAGAAGAAGAUUAUGAUCAAUAUCAUGUACCCCGUGAAUUGGCAUCGCAAAUUCCUCAGCCACAAGUAACUGCUACUUUGGAUGUCAAUUUUGAUGUCGAUUGGGAUGCUGCUCCUCGUCGAUUUGUUUACAGAACAACAAUGACUGGUAGUCGUCGACACGGAGUGUUAUUGAAUCCAGAGCAGGUUACAAGACGUGAACAAUUACCUAGUAUGGCACCUCAAGUGCCUAGAGAAGAACGUAGACGUAGACGUGCUAAUCCUACAGAUUAUCGUCGUACAGUUUAUAGGCAUGGUAUAUGGGCUACUUCAUUACCUGACAUAUUUGGACGUUUCCGUGAAUGUAGCGCUGAUUAUUAUAGAAGACAACCACAAGAAUUAGAUCGUCUUAUACCAUGGUUAAAUAGAGAAUUGCAAGUUUUACUUAAUAACGAACCGACUCAUGUUGCUUAUGUAUUGAGUAUAAUAAUGGAGGCCUUAACUCAAUAUGAUAUUAGAAGUCCAGAAUUUCGGAAUAUUGUCCGACCCUUUUUCGCUAUACAUACAGAUCAUUUUGCACACGAAUUGUUAAAUUUUGCCCAAACCAACUUUGAUUUGGUGGGAUAUGAUCAAUCUGUUACUUAUUUGCCACGUGGUUUGUCAAAUGAGUAUGCAACUCGUAUUGAAUCACCUACAUCCAGUAGCAGUAGCAGUAGCAGCAGUAGUCUUGUCUUUGACAACUCUGAUGUACGAAUACUUGCCGAAGCAAUUGAUUUGAGAAUAAACACUGAGAUGCCGAAUACCUUACCACAUCCUAUUAGCAUGCCAGGUCCUAGUGCAGCAGGACAGAUGUUUCGCAGAGUAGAAACAUCUAAUACUGUACCAGAACUGUUAAUCGUUUCAUCGAGUUCCUCUGAAUCAGAUGGCGAUUGUGAAAUAAUUGGUUAUGUAAAACCGCGUCAUGAAAGAACACCAGAAAUCAUAGAGUUACUUUCUUCCGACACUGAGCAUGUGUGUGUUUCUCAUACAUUGAAUGGAAAUACGCAAUCAACUACAAGAAGAACACAUUUGGAAAAUACAUCAUUACCGAGUACGUCUUAUGUUAAGGAGACGAAAGGAUCGUCUUCGUCGUCUUGCUCAGUGUCAAGUACUGAUGUUUUAUCCGACAGUGAUAACAAUCUGAGGCAAAGUAGACGAAACCGUUCGAAGAAAUCAGGGAAAAAAGCACAAAAGUAUAAAAGAUCAGAUGGGACAGGAAGCCGGAAUAAAUCAUCUAAGAAAAAGAGAAUAUCCAGUUCUACUGAUUCCAGCUCAUCUGAAAGUUUACUAAAGAAAUAUAAUGAAAAACGAUUGAGAAAGCCAAGAUAUAGAAUACAGGCUAAAGGUGCAGGACGAAUAAAACUUAUUAAAAGAGAAGAAAGCUAUUCAGAUGAGGAUUCAUCUAGUAGUGACAGUAGUAGCACAGAUACUGAUAACAAAACGAAAACCAAGAAGUGUUAUAGAGAAUAUAAAUCGAAAAGAGAUUGUUCCUCUAGUGUAAGAAACGAUCAUACAGCGAAAAGUGGAAAAACAACGAGAAGUAAAGAGAAAACUUUCAAUCUGGAAAAGUUAAAGUCUAAGAACAAAGAUCCGAAGUGUUGCGAAAACAGACAAUCUAGAUCUAGAAGUAACAGUAUAUCUUCUAACGCUUCUGAACGAGAUAAAAGAUCGAACCACAAGCACCGGGAAUGUCGAAAUACGAACGAGUUUGGAAGUCAAGACGACAGUGCCUCAAUAAAUAAAGAUAUGUCAAGAAGUGAAUAUAAAUCUAAAUCAAAAAAGAAAAUGUGUUAUUCUUCAGACUCGGAAGAUGAUUGUUUAAGAUCUUGUAGUCAGUGUAGUGAUUAUUCCAAUAAAUCCUAUUCGCAUUGGAAAAAAUCAAAACGUAAAGAAAAGCACAAAGAUAAGGAGCGCUAUAGAUCCAGUAGCAGAAUAUUUAAUUUAUCGCAAUCCAAUGCAAGUACAAUUUUAACCAUGUCUAUAUCAUCGAAAAAUGACAUGUAUCCAACGAAACAUUCCGAUCGUAACGGUUCCGAUUGUAAAGAAAAACAUAAAUCACGCAAAGAAUCUAAAUAUAGAAAAUCCGAAAAUGAAAAAAAGGCGAGACCAAAGAAAAAAAAGCGACGUCUUCAAUCUUCUUCCACUUCGGGAUAA